CCGGCCCCUCCCCUCUCCCUCACUGACCCCGCCCCGCCGCAAGGGCACCUGGGAAGAGGCGGGGAACAAUAUGGCGGAUGGUGAGGAGCCGGAGAAGAAAAGAAGGAGAAUAGAGGAGCUGCUGGCUGAGAAAAUGGCUGUUGAUGGUGGGUGUGGGGACACUGGAGACUGGGAAGGUCGCUGGAACCAUGUAAAGAAGUUCCUCGAGCGAUCUGGACCCUUCACACACCCUGAUUUCGAACCAAGCACUGAAUCUCUCCAGUUUUUGUUAGAUACAUGUAAAGUUCUAGUCAUUGGAGCUGGCGGCUUAGGAUGUGAGCUCCUGAAAAAUCUGGCAUUGUCUGGUUUUAGACAGAUUCAUGUCAUAGACAUGGACACUAUAGAUGUUUCCAAUCUAAAUAGGCAGUUUUUAUUUAGACCUAAAGAUGUUGGAAGACCUAAGGCUGAAGUUGCUGCAGAAUUUCUAAAUGACAGAAUUCCUAAUUGUAAUGUAGUUCCACAUUUCAACAAGAUCCAAGAUUUUAAUGAUACUUUCUAUCGACAAUUUCAUAUUAUUGUUUGUGGACUGGACUCAAUUAUAGCCAGAAGAUGGAUAAAUGGAAUGCUGAUAUCUCUUCUAAAUUAUGAAGACGGUGUGUUAGAUCCAAGCUCCAUUGUCCCAAUGAUAGAUGGGGGAACAGAAGGUUUUAAAGGAAAUGCUCGAGUGAUUCUCCCUGGAAUGACUGCUUGUAUUGAAUGUACACUGGAACUCUAUCCACCACAGGUUAAUUUUCCCAUGUGCACCAUUGCAUCUAUGCCCAGGCUACCAGAACAUUGUAUUGAGUAUGUAAGGAUGUUGCAGUGGCCUAAAGAGCAGCCUUUUGGAGAAGGGGUUCCAUUAGAUGGAGAUGAUCCUGAGCAUAUUCAGUGGAUAUUUCAAAAAUCUCUAGAAAGAGCAUCACAAUAUAAUAUUAGAGGUGUUACCUAUAGACUCACUCAAGGGGUAGUAAAGCGAAUCAUUCCUGCAGUAGCUUCCACAAAUGCAGUCAUUGCAGCUGUGUGUGCCACUGAGGUUUUUAAAAUAGCCACAAGUGCAUACAUUCCCCUUAAUAAUUACUUGGUAUUCAAUGAUGUAGAUGGUCUGUACACUUACACAUUUGAAGCAGAAAGAAAGGAGAACUGCCCAGCUUGUAGCCAGCUUCCUCAAAAUAUUCAGUUUUCUCCAUCAGCUAAACUGCAGGAAGUUUUGGACUAUCUAACCAAUAGUGCUUCUCUGCAGAUGAAAUCUCCAGCUAUCACAGCCACAUUAGAAGGGAAAAAUAGAACACUUUACUUACAGUCAGUAACCUCUAUUGAAGAACGAACAAGGCCGAAUCUUUCCAAAACUUUGAAAGAAUUAGGACUUGUCGAUGGACAAGAACUGGCAGUUGCUGAUGUCACCACACCACAGACUGUACUAUUCAAACUUCAUUUUACUUCUUAAAAAAAAUAAAUUUGCACAUAGUGGACAACUUAUGGAACUAAUACACUUCAUGGAUGCUAAGAAAUUGAAUUUAUGACGUUAAGCUAGUGUUGCUGACAUUUGACUCAAUAUAAAGAACUACUCUUUUCUAACUUUAUAACUCCCUUGAGGAUAAAUUUUGGGGUCGGUGCUUAUAAACAUGUCCAUUAGUAAUACAGGAAAUGAUGCCUGGAGAGAGAGAUUCUGAGUAAACAAAAAGCUUUUAGAGGAGGAGGCAAAUAUUCUGUUGUGUCUGAAUUCUGUUAUGGUCAAAAUGCAUUCCUCAGCUUUCAUUUGGGUACCACAUAUACAAAAAUGUCCCUUGGAAGGAAACAAGAAUUAAGUAACUUUAAAUAUUAUAACCUGACAUCCAGAGUAUAACAUAGGCUAUUACUCAGUGUAGUAUUCAUUUAAUUGUGGCAGUCCAAAUCAAUAUUGAUUGUUAAAGUUUAUCUUGUCCUUAAUAAUUUGUAAGCAGUGUUAUAGCUGAAUACCUGUGCAUGGAAAUAGGAAAUAUUUUCAUGUGUGUAUUUGCAGUGCCAUACGGCCAUUAUGCACAAAUUUAAGCCAACUUGGCUGUUUAAAAAAUUUAAUGUUGAAACAGUUAUCACUGAUGCUUUUGCAUUAUUUAUUAAUAAAAUCAUACAUUGUCUACUUUCA